CCAGAAAUCCCCUUCACUACAAAGUGCAGCAGAAGCUAUGUCAAGAGUUCUCCCUUAAUGUACUUCAGUCGCUCACUCACAUGUGCAAGCCAAGAAACUGGCAAACCGAAAAUUACUUGUUAAACUAUAAAGAAGCUUCUGGGACUAAACCAUUUAUUGCAUACCACAGACAGAAUUGCUAUAUAAAUUGAAAUAGGCUAAGUCCUCCAAGGCCCAGAUAAGAUACUUGCUUUUAUGUCGCACUACAAAGGCAAACUUGACAACUAUGGGUGAAUAUAGCCGCUUUAUAGAUUGGGAUAAGAUGGAUGCAACCAUUCAGGACCAAGAUGCAAAGGAACUGACCAGCACAGAAUUUCAAGACCUGAAACAAUUGGCUCGCCAAGGGUAUUGGGCCAAGAACCAUUCCUUAAGAGCAAAAGUAUACCAUAAACUCAUUAAUGAUAUCCCUUGCCGCACAGUGACUCCAGAUGCCCAUGUCUACCGGGACAUUGUGGUGAAAAUCGCUGGCAAACGUAGUAGCAACACCCUUCCACUUCCAGAAUUUGUGGAUAAUAGCCUCGUUCCGACUUACUGUCUGAAUGCAGAAGGCAUUGGGGCAGUUAGGAAGAUAAUCUCAUGCAUUGCAAGCCAGUUUCCAGACAUAUCGUUCUGCCCAGCCCUGCCUUCAGUAGUGGCCCUCCUCCUCCAUUACAGCAGAGAUGAAGCAGAGUGCUUUGAGAAAGUUUGCCGCAUCCUUGCCUGCAACGAUCCAUCCAAGCAUUUCAUUGACCAGACGUUCUUGGCUUUUGAGUCAUCUUGCAUGACUUAUGGGGAUCUGGUUAACAAGUACUGUCAGGCGGCCCACAAGCUGAUGGUGGCAGUCUCAGAGGAUGUGCUAGAAGUGUAUUCCGACUGGCAGCGGUGGCUUUUUGGAGAACUGCCUAUGACUUACAUUGCACGAGUCUUUGAUGUGUUCUUGGUAGAGGGCUACAAGGUGCUCUACCGUGUUGCAUUAGCUCUCCUCAAAUUCUUUCAUAAAGUCAGAGUUGGGCAGACCAUGGAGUCGGACAAUGUACAGCAGGACAUCCGGGCUUUUGUUAGGGACAUUGCAAAGUUUGUGUCCACUGAGAAACUGCUUGAGAAAGCUUUUGCAAUUCGGCUCUUCUCAAGGAAGGAGAUACAGCUUUUGCAGAUGGCCAACGAGAAGGCUCUUCAGCAAAAAGGCAUAACAGUCAAACAGAAGAGACAGAAUGUCCACUUGGCUGUUCAUGCCGAGAACUUCAAAUCUGAAAUAGUUGAUGUAAAGAAGAUGAGAGACAUCUGGUCAUGGAUUCCUGAACGCUUUGCUCUUUGCCAGCCACUGCUGCUUUUCACCACUUCGGAACAUGGAUGCAGCCUAAGCAGGUUCUAUUCGCAUUGUGAGGGACAUGAACCAACUCUCCUUCUGAUUAAGACAACCACUCAAGAGGUCUGUGGUGCUUAUUUAUCAACUGACUGGAGUGAACGCAAGCGAGGAGGAAACAAGCUGAGCUUUUUUGGAACAGGAGAAUGUUUUGUGUUCAGGCUGGUACCUGAAGUGGAACGCUAUGAGUGGGUAAUAAUCAAGCACCCAGAACUAGCGGUAACUGGAUCCGAACAAGGGAACAAUUCUUCCCAGGUUUCUGACCCUCCAUCCUCAACCAACCUGCCCUCUGAUCCUUCAGACCGCCUUUCCCCCUUCCUUUCUGCCCGGCACUUCAACCUGCCUUCUAAAGCAGCAUCCAUGUUUAUGGCUGGUAGCAUCGAAUGCUUCAUCAUAGGAGGAGGUGAUGGCCAAGCUCUCUACAUUGAUGCAGACCUAAACCACGGAAGAACUAGCCACUGCAACACUUUCAACAACCAGCCGCUGUGCUCUGAAAGUUUCCAGAUAGCUAUCAUGGAGGUUUGGGGGUUCAAGGACACUAUGAGUAGUUGAGAAGGCUGCCUCUUUCAAAAACAAAAACAACUGGCCCAUGGAGUAUUAAGAUUCUGAGCCCCACUUCAGUUGCAAGAGCCAAGCUUAAUUUUUGAACCCACAAACCAGUAGGCUCCUUUGCAAUUUAGAAAGCUAAUUUGAGGAGCUCGCUUAGAGGCAGGGUCUAGUUGUUUUGCUGCUGUAUUCUUCAUAUGCAAUUUCUAUUGGGCUAAGGGAUUCAUCCUUAGCCACUUUCUCUUGCCUCUGUAGACCUUGAUGCAUAUCCUAAUAUUUUCAAUAGCAAAAGGGUGGCCUCACUUCAGUACCCAAGUCGAUGCAUUGCUGCCACAGAGUUAAGGCUAUGGAAGGACGGAUGCAUUUCUGAUCCUGGCCAAUGUAUGUUGGCAGCUGGCUUUCACCAGCAGCAUCAGUUUUCCAAUUUUGCAGAAGCUUCAAAUUCCUACAAACAUGAGCUUGGAUCCAAAGCGACCUGUAUGCAAUCAGAACUUGAUUAUGUUGCUCAUUUCUCUCCCUUCUCCCUCCCCAGCUACAGUUCUACUCAGUGCAUGCCACACCAUUCUAGAGACUCCCCUGAACCUCAGUGGGGUACAGUAGGAAACAGAGUGGGAAAGAACACUUGUGCAGAACACUGCAUAUGGAUCUUUUGAUCCAAGCCAUUGUUUUCUAGAACCUGUUCCCUUUAAGAAAACUGUUUUAAAAAUGUCUGUGUGUGUUUGUGUACCUUGCAGCUGGCUGUUGUCUUAUGGCCAAUCUUCAUUUGGCAUUCCAAUGUGUGUGAAGUGAGGCUGAGUAGUUUGGGAGUGCUCAUUUCCCAUCGCUUUGUUGAAGGCAUUCAGUGCAGCACACUGACAGCCUGCUUUUCUGUUUACAUUACUGAUAUUGCAUAGCAUUAAUAUCAUUAAUAUCAUGACUUUAGAGGGGUAGAUUCAGGCAGCUAAAGGCCCAUACAGUAUAUACAAUGCACAGAACUGUUUUCCACUUGACAUCCAAGCUAGUGUGCUGAAAGACACUGAAGGAGCUUGAGAAGCAGUAUUAGCCAGCUGAUCUGGAACUGCAGCACAGCCUUCAAAGUAAAGCCCUUGUAACUAGUUUGAAAAACAGCUAAUAAAUUUCUCAAGCCCUCCAUUAAUUAAGGAUAGGCAGUUUCUUCUAGGGACUCUAGAGGGCACUGAAGACCUUAUUCUGCAGCCUCUGCCUAUUUCUUUAUCAGGGACAUCACUUCAGUGCAGGUUGUUUACCAGGUAAGCAAAGCCAGCCUCUAGGCUAAUGUAAAAGAACUGCCUUCUGUAGAUGCAUCUCGUUCUUGGUUGUCCACUCCCUCUAUACUUCUGGAUGACUGUGAGAGAAGCCCACUCCUAGCUUAGAGAAUAAAGGAGCAACCUUUGUUGCAUCCCAAUACAUAUCCAGUACCUACACAACUGAAGUGAAGUGGACAGUUUGGAAGACUUGGAUAGUUCUUUCUGAUUCACUUACGUGUUUAACCUGGCUAAAAUUUGAAACAGCCUACGGAUUGGAAAUGGGGGUAAAGAGGCAACUGUUUCAGAUGCAUUUAAUCGUAACAGGAAACUGCUGAGUGAUCAAGAAGUGGUAGCCAUAGCAUAUUUUUGUUAGUGGGGUGACAUGAGCAAGGAGAAGAGCCAUUGCAUGAUGCGUCAUUGUUGGCACUAAGUGGUUGUGAUAGUGGUGAGUUUUAAGUGGAGUAAUGUUGCUGGUGACAUUUCUGGCUAUCUUUUCUGUCACAUCUGUAUUGGAGCGGAAUGCAGCAAAAUGUCUUUGCUAUGCUUCGUGAACUUCUCCAAAAUAUCCCAUUAAGAUGAAUUGUUUAGGAAGUGGAAAUGCCAGCAAAUCAAGCUGAACAUAAUUUGGCUUUGCAUCAAAUUACCAUACUCAUCCAAAAGAUGUGUAAAUUUGCUAGCUGAUCGUGAAAACUAAAAUGGUUAAAGGAUCACACUUUUGUGGACCAGAGCUGUGAAGGUGGAGCUGGGAUGUGACUGUGGUCUUCGUGAUAAGACUCCUGCUCCAAGACUUGAGGCCACUGCAGCAGUUCUGCUAAAAAGUCUUGUCUCCUUGUUAUGUUUCCAGGUCUAUGUUGUAAAUGGAGGUUUUUUGUCAUAAAAAGCUUCUGAUACUUUGUCUUGAAAUACAGAACCUGUUUAUGAUACCAUUAAGUAUGCUGAUAGUUUUAUCAGGUUUUUAUCUUAAGUGCUGAGAUUUUGAUGAUUGAGAAGGUCACCUACAUGGUUUCUUAAGAAAUAGACUUUUCUUUUCUUUUUGUAAUACAUGUUAGCUUAGCAAUGAUUUCAGGGUUGAGGAAGGCAGCAGGAUCUUGAAGAUAUCAAAAAAAUGACAUGAAUGUUACUGAAAAUAGCUUCCAAGUUAUUUUGCAGGGGUUGAUGCAAAUUGUUAACCUGCUGAGGUGGGCUGAAUGCUACGAGUCUCUUGAGGAUUUUUAGUAAUUCAUGGAGAACCAUGCACUGCUGGCUGACACUACUAAUUUUCCCGUUGAGAAGGCCUUUGAAGAAUCUCAACUUCUCCUGUGUAUGAAGAUAAGGAUAGACAAGAGAGCCAGUGUUAUUCUUGACGACUUAAACAUCUUCCAUCAGGAAUGUGUUCCAUUUUAGCAAAACUUUAAUAUGCAAACAACUUUAAUUGGUUAAUCCCACAAUUGGUAUCUAGGAAAAUAAAAGCACAGCACCUCUGAACGUAUUUAUUUUUCUUUCAUGUGGAAACCGAUUCUUCUUCCUGCCUCGUGAAAUAAGUGUCCUAGUUUUCUACUGAAAACUGACUUUUUUUUUAACUAAACAGUCACCAUGGUAAUGUUGUGUGAAAUCACAAGCAGGCAAGGCCUUUGCUCUCACCUAUAGCCAGGGCAGAGAAACUCAGGUGUUUAAGAUCCAUAUCUAGGAGCUGAGGAAGGUAAACCUGAAGCUCAAUCUCAGCUACGGUCUCCUCUCUCUCUUUCUGUUGAUUGCUAUGUCUCCUUUUUUUUUUUUUUUUUUUUUUUUUUGAGAUGUAUGUUGUAGCUGACUGUAUCUUGUACAUGUGAAUGUGCCGAUUUUACUUCCAAUGAUGAUGUGUUGUUUUCCUGGAGGCCGUUGUGACUUUGAAGUAUGACCUUUUCCCAUAUCAUCAUAUAACUUAUGUCUCCCUUUCCUUCCCCAAUUGAUGUCAGUGAUGGCAGCUGUCUGUGUAAGUGUGUGGCUCUGUGUCCACACAAAAAUCAGAUUGGUUUUA